AUGACUGAUCCAUUAUCAUAUGAUAGUUUAUAUGAUCCACAUUUACAAACAUAUUUUCAAAAUAAAAAUAUUCGAAAACAUCUUCGAAAAGUUGGAUUUAUAAAUCGAUAUGAUGAAAUUAUACCUGAUAAACAAUAUAAAGCAAUAGUUAAUGAACGUUAUCGACAAGAACAUAUUCGAGCUUUAUUAUCAUAUGGAGUUGUUCGACGUGUUAUGGAAUUAGAAAAAUUUCGACAAGCAAAUAUUCGUAAUCAAUUAGAAGCAAAUGCAAAACGAAUACUUGUAGAAAAUAUAAAAGAAUCAAGACAACAAUAUCGACAAUUAUCUUCAAAAGAUUUUGUUUUAUAUAAUCGACCUAAAACAAGUAUUUCAAAUAAUAAUUAUCAUAUUUAUCAACAACAACAACAACAACAAAUAAAAAUAAUUGAUGAAAAUAGAGAAAUUCGAUCACGUCUAUCAUCUAUAAAUCAUCCAUCACGUUCAUUAACUAAAACAAUACUUUCUGCAAGACAUAAAAGUUCAAAAUUAAUUAAAUCUAAUAUAAAUAGAAAAGAUGAAUGUGAAAUAACAAUGAUUUUUUUUGGACCACAAACAAAUAUUAAUUAUGAUCAAUCAUUAUGUCAAUCAAAUGGUUAUCAAAUAACUGUUAUGCAACAACAUUGUGAAGGACAAAAUAUUAUUCUUUUUAAAAAUUAUCUUAAACCAAAUGAAAAAUUUACAUUUCGAUCUCGACGUCAUUUUGAAUAUCCAUUUGCAUUAAGUUUAUAUGUAAAUGGUCUUAUUGAUUGUCGAAUAUCCGUUUGUUGUGAAUAUAAACAUAAAAUAGGUGUACCUUUAACUGGAAAACGAGCUUCAUUUGCUAUUUAUAAUGUUCAAGGUGGACAACCUUGUCAAAUAUGUCGACUCAAUGAAUAUAUGCUUAAUUAUCCAUUAUCUAAACAUAAAACACUUGAUAAAAAUUCGAUAUCUACUGACAAAUCACAAAAACAAACAUCUGAUGAUUUCGGUCGACAUCAUUUAUUAUGUACACCAACUCUAUGUGAUGAACAUGAAAGUGAUACAAUUAUUUUCAAUGAAAAUGGUGAAUAUCGUGAAAUUGAAGAAAUGUAUGAAAAUCUGCUUAAAAAAGUUAAUGAUAAUCUUAGUUGGGAAGAAAAUAGUCGUUUUCAAUGGCAAUUAGGUAAUAUAUGUAAAGAAGGACUUGGUGAUUAUGAAAGAGCACUUGAUCAUUAUUUAAUGUCUGUAAAAAUUUUAUGUGAACAUAUAUCACCAUUAGAUAUAAAACUUCGAAAUAUAUAUUUAAGUAUUGGUCAUGUUCUUCUUUUACAAGAAAAAAAUGAAACUUCUUCAAUAAUUGAAUAUUUUCAACGUGUUCUUGAUAUUGAUUAUUCAAUAAAUAAUAUUUGUGAAAAUAAUCUUAUAAAUGAUCAUUGUUAUCUUGGAUUAUUAUAUCAAAAUCAAGAUAAUUAUCAUCAAGCUUUAUUUCAUUUUAAAAAAUCUCUUCAUUUUUUUUUAUUAAAUAAAUCAAAAAAAAAUUUUCAUUUCAAUUUAAAUGAUAAUUAUUAUUCAAUUAAUCAAACAAUUUAUGAUAAAAAAUCUUUAGAAUCUUUAUCAAUAAAUAAUUUACCAAAUUUAUCUGAUAUACAUUUUAAUUUAGCAACAACAUAUCAAAAUCUUCAACAAAAACAAAAUGCAUUAAAACAUGCACAAAAAGCUUUUCAAUUAUCAACAUAUGAUCAAAAUAAAUUUAAUCAUUAUCAAGAUUAUUUUAAAAAACUUCAACAAAUUUAA